UUUGUUUCUAGACAUCGUACAAGCUUGGCCUGAAUAAGCCAUUUAGAAAUUGGGAGCAAAUGUGUGCUUUGCCGCUGUUGAGCUGCGACCGGAGAUACACCCACCUAUGGGUGGGUGGGACUUUGGCAACCAAAGGAGGGGCGGCAUCACAUAAAUACUCACCGUGCAUCCAUCCUUGACGGGCUUCCAACACGGUGUCGUCUCCGGAGCCAAGCUUCCUUCCAAAGCCAAAGUCCAUCACCCUCAUGUUUAGGCCACUGAAGAUGGCGGAAGGAGCGUGCUGACGGUCGGUCUUAAAGAUGACUCUUCAAAGGGACGAGGAAAGCGAGCUGGGAGGUUCUCGUCUUUGACCUUGAAAGAAAUUCCAAGACUGUUCUGAUGCCGAGAGAGCGCGGCGCCAUUACUCCAGAGAGCGGCGUGGAGAUGAUGAGGAGCGCGGUCACAGCUCCAUUUGGAUAAGCCUGCCCAAAGAUGGCCGACUACAAUAUGACAGCGUCUGAGGAGGCGGCGGACAUGGCUUUCUCUCAGCACAACGGCAGCACGUCCAACGAGACGGAGCCGCUGGCGUUCCGUGUCGUCACGGGGCUGGUCUACAGCGUGGUCUUCAUGGUGGGCCUCUUGGGCAACUCCUUGGCCAUCUUCGUGGUGAUCCGCUACACCAAGAUGAAGACGGUGACCAACCUGUACAUCCUGAAUUUAGCCGUGGCGGACGAACUCUACAUCUUGGGAAUCCCCUUUUUGGCCACCAACAGCGUGCUUUACUACUGGCCCUACGGGGACUUUUUCUGCAAGGUGUGCAUGACCGCCGACGCCAUGAGCCAGUUCAUGUCCACCUUUUGCCUGACGGUGAUGAGCAUCGAUCGCUAUCUGGCGGUGGUUCAUCCCGUCCGCAGCCUCGGGUGGAGGAGGCCGCGGGUGGCCAGGAUCUUCAGCGCCAUGCUGUGGCUGGUGUCCUUCCUGGUGGUGCUGCCGGUCACCAUCUACUCGCAUGUACAGGAGGGCUUCGACACCUGCAACAUCACGUGGCCCGAGAUGCAGAACUGGUGGUCCGUGGUCUUCAUUCUCUACACAUCCAUCCUGGGCUUCUUUGCACCGCUCUUGAUCAUCAGCAUCUGCUACUUGCUCAUCGUUAUCAAGGUGAGGUCAGCCGGCGCUCGCGCGGGCGUGACCAAGCGCCGUAAGUCCGAGCGCAAGGCCACCCGCAUGGUGGUGAUCAUCGUCCUGGUCUUUGUCCUUUGUUGGAUGCCCUUCUUCACCACCAACAUCGUCAACCUGGUGCACAUCAUCCCCGAGAACAACGCCACAGCAGCCGUCUACUUCUUCUUAGUCAUCCUGACUUACGUGAACUCCUGCGCCAACCCCAUCCUGUACGGCUUCCUCUCGGUCAAAUUCCGGGAGAGCUUCCAGAAGGUGCUCUGUUUCCACAAAGGCCAGAACGUCGCAUCUGCCGCCCGCACCGACAACCACCUGCCUCUUUUCCCGGCCAGGAAUCCUAACCGCAAUGGAAACGUUCACAACAGCCAGCCUGUCCAGAUGGAGGCCGCUGCUGCUGCCGCUGCUGCAAAACCAGACAAUGACUCCUCAAAUGGCUUGAAUGGUCAAUCAAAGCUGUGAGAUGACGCAACACAAACCAAAGUGCCGCCCGCCCUUUAGCAUUCGACUGCUCUUUAACUUUCAUUCAUUGGAUUCAUCUUCAGAGUUUGGUUUUUAUUCGUUCAAUUUAAGAGGAGUCAAUAAAUGGAAAUCUUCCAUGACCGAGAGCAGUAUUUUGGACGAUGUUCAUUGUUCAUAGUUUGUCAUUUUUUUUUCCUAGGAAAUAAAUAAUACUGCAGUCGGUGCGUGAUGCCCUCCUCCCGAAAAAUAAGAGUCAUAGUAAUUGGCUAGCAGUCCAAAACCAUGUCAAAAUGAAACUCCUCAACUUUCAAAACCUUGGCACCGAGAUGCUACACCAAAGCACUCCGUUUGUCUCAAUGAAGAGAACGGCCUGAAUGAACAAACAAAGGGUUUUGGCGACUGCAUAAUGAGCACAUCAUCAGAAGUCAGUCACAAUGUUUCCUUGAAGAAAUUUCUCCCUGGAAGGAACCAUUGGCAGUUUUUAGUUUUCCUCUUUUACUCGGAGACAUGACUAAAUGUCCUGAAGCAAAAUGAGAACCUUGUCCACUGCUAAUUGUCAUUAAAGAGGCAUUGUUUGGCCUGAAAGCAUGGCGCUCUUUUGUUUUCUAUCACCAAUGAACAAGUGUGCUCAAGGCCAAGCAACAGCUUGUUGCUCUUGCGCUUCGAUGAGAAAAGCACUUUACUCAUAGCGUGCAUGAUGGUGUGCUUUGAUGUUUACUGUACGAUGAAACCAAAUGAACUGACAAUAAGCUGUCAAUUUCGCUCCUCUGGUGGUCAUGAUGAGAAAAUCAUAUUUGCUCUGCAAGGUUAUCAGGGUAACAAAUGAGACUGAACUUUCCACCUUCCCUGGAGGCAGCUGGGGAAAUGUUGCAUUUCAAUUAAAACGGUGGCCGUAGAUCAAAUUCAGGAUUACACUUAGUUCAAUGAUCACAUCUCAUUUUAUAUUGAAAGACUCAAUUUUGCGUUCCCUGGCUUUAGAUUCCCCCCCCCCCCCCUAAAUCUGUUGUGGUCCUUGUACUUGUUGAAUAGUGUUGUGUUAUAUUUGUUGGUCCAAUCGAUGCAUUUUUUGGUCUUGACACUAAUUGUGAGUAAAUUGAGACCAAGGCAUUACUGUUUCAGUAUAAUCUUUGUCCUUGGCUCAAAUAAAGGUUGUAGAACACUG